CUUCCCUCAUCUUCAGUUCUCUUUCCCUCUUCCAAUUUCUCUAUAUAUCAUCAUCACUAUCCAUCAAAAUGCACAAAGAAAUCAAAAUAAACAAUGGCGAAAGCAGAGUUAACAAUCAUCGCACUGUCCAUGUUGGCAAUGUUAUUCACCGCGGUUAAUGGACAAGCAGCGGGAGGCAUAACGGCGAUCGACGCGAAGACGAGCAAAGAGGCGGAAGAAUUAGGGAGGUUCGCGGUGGAAGAGUACAACAAGAAGGGUAAUCAGCUGCAGUUUGAGCAGGUGGUGCAAGCCGCCCAACAGGACACCAACUACUUUCUCAGGAUCGAAGCCUCGGACAAGGGGGAGAAGAAGACGUUUAAUACUGUGGUUCAGGUUCAAUCUGGGAAGAAGGAGAUGCUUAGCUUCACCUAAUUAAUAACUUCAUCAUCUGGAUUUGAUGAUCUUUAUUAGAUGCAUUGCAAUCGGAUCAAGAUCAUCAU